GCACUUGAUAAGGAAAUCUGAAUCGCGCACUAUGAGAGCUCGUCGGAAUAACAAUAACAAUAAGUAUAGCCGCAGCAGUAGCGAAAUGGAUAAGUCGCCCCGCCAAUUCAGCUCAGCAGCGUCCCAAAGCCAGUGAUCGACGAAGCGUGCGCUGGGAAACAUGUCGGCGCCUUCAAAAGUAGCAGCUAAGCCAGCAGGAGCAGCCAAGGAUUCCCAGUGUGCGGAGGAGUCGGGACCACCCGACUCACCCGCUUUCAUACUCGCCCUGGAUGUUGGCACCACCUGCGUGCGGAGCUUCGUUCUGGACGAACAAUGCGAAGUCCGGGGAUCGGCGGUGGAUGCUGUAAGUGAUUCGAUCUUCAAGUGACCCGCGGUGCAAAGUUAAUUAAGCAAAACCUUGACGACCUUUGGCGCAAUUAGGUGGAGCUACUGAACCCGCAGCCAGGCUAUUUCGAAAUCGAACCCGAGAGCUUGUGGCGGAAAAUCGUUGGCGUUAUAACGCAGGCAGUAAAAAAUGCUCAACUGACACCACCGGACAUCACCUGCCUGACCAUCUCCACGCAGCGCUGCACGUUUCUCACGUGGGAUCAUCGCAGUGGCGAGUACUACCACAAUUUCAUCACCUGGAAGGAUUUGCGCGCCGACGAGCUGGUUGACCAGUGGAAUGCCAGCUGGACGAAGAGCUCCAUGAACUGGUUCUCGUAUGCCCUGUUCCUUCUCACCCGCCAGUCACGAUUCCUCGCCGGCAGCGUUCUCCAACUGAUGAAUGGCCAGGUCACUCCAAGGCUACUCUUCGAGAUAAUGAACAACAAGAAGUUGAAGCAGGCUCUGAUGCAGAAGAAGGCGCGCGUGGAGCUGUUGGACUCGUGGAUCCUGCACAAGCUAAGAACUGGCAGCAGUCGCGAUAAGGAUGUGGAGCACAUAACCGAUGUGACCUCGAGUACGGCGACGGGUUUGUACGAUCCGUUCACGCUCAGCUGGUCGCCGCUUAUAAGCUGGCUAUUCGGCAUCAAUUCAAAAAUCUUGCCGCGUGUGGUGGACAACGGCUACAAGGGCUUUGGGCAUGUGCAUCCUACUGCCUUCGGUCCGGAUUGGGCCAACACAGAGAUACCCAUUGCUGCCUCUUUAAGUGACCAAACAGCAGCCAUUUGGGGCUCGCAGUGUUUCCAGAAGAACGACGUCAAGGUCACAAUGGGUACUGGUGCGUUCCUUAAUCUGGUAACAGGCGAUCGUUGCCAAGCUGUCAUCUCUGGCAUGUAUCCAUUGGUGGCCUGGCAGUUCAAGAAACCAACCAGGCAGCAGGGAGCUGUCUACUGCAUUGAGGGAGCAUCCCAUGACUUUGGCACCGUGGUCACUUGGGCGCAAUCGUGCGAGCUCUUCGAUAGUCCAGCGAACACCUCAGAUAUUGCACAGUCCGUUCCAGAUACGAACGAUGUGUUCUUCAUGCCGGCCUUCAGUGGCCUGGGGCCCCCGGUGAACGAUUAUCGGUCAGCAAGUGGCUUUAUUGGCCUCACUCCGUCCACCACCAAAGCCCACAUGGUGCGGGCUCUGCUCGAGAGCAUAGUAUUUCGUCUGGUGCAGCUGAUCGAGGCCGCUGAGAAGGAGACCUCUCAGAAGCUUCAUAUGAUUAGGUAUUUCUGUCUAUCCAUCUUAACCAAUUUUACAUUGCACUUAUUUUCUUCUAUUUUAGGGUUGAUGGCGGCGUCUCCCGCAAUGACUUCGUCUGCCAAUUCCUUGCGGAUCUCAGCCGACUGCGGGUGGAGCGGGCGGACAAUGCGGAGAGCAGCAUCAUGGGAGCCACGUUCAUGGCGGGCAUCAACCUCGGAAUCUGGCGCGAUGUGAACGAUCUCAAACGUUUCCGGAAAGUGGCGCGAGUCUUUGAACCGCGUCCCAAGGAGUACGAAACCAUUGCCAACCGGAUGGACAAAUGGAGCCGGACGAUUGCCCGGUUUAGUGACUGGUAUUAGGUUAAACUUUUAUUCUCUGUCUUUGUUAUUUGUUAUUCAUUAGUCACUUAGAAGGCUAGGUAGUUGGUAAAUAAAAUGCUGAAUUUAUAU